UGAAGCUGCUGUCUGCACCGUGCUGUUGCUGGACACGGUCCAACUAAACAUAGCGACACUACUUUACACUUCACUUUGCUAGCCAGAUGGUCGUACAAUGAGAGAGAUUCUGCAAGAGCCGAAUAUCAAUUAAGUGUCCGACACAAUAAUAGCAAUACAAUAAGGCCGUCGAAAUGGUGAUCAUGUCAGGCACAGCCACUGUGCUGCAGCAGUUUGUCAGUGGGCUGAAGAGUCGAAGUGAAGAUACCAGAGCAAAGUCUGCCAAAGAUCUGCAGCACUAUGUGACCACAGAGCUCAGAGAGUUAAGCCAAGAUGAAGCCACUACAUUCUACGAUGAGUUAAACCACCACAUAUUUGAGCUGGUAUCCAGCUCUGAUGUGAAUGAGAAGAAAGGGGGGAUUCUCGCCAUCGUGAGCCUGAUUGGAGUGGAGGGAGGAAAUGCCACCAGGAUCAGCCGAUUUGCCAACUACCUGCGCAACCUGCUCCCCUCCAGCGACCCUGUAGUGAUGGAGAUGGCCUCUAAAGCCAUGGGCCACCUCUCUAUGGCAGGGGACACCUUUACUGCGGAGUAUGUGGAGUUUGAAGUGAAGAGAGCGCUGGAGUGGCUGGGAGCAGACAGAAAUGAAGGCAGACGCCAUGCUUCACAUGUUCCUUGA